CAGACUUUUUGAAUCUGCAGCCCUUUCAUUUUCUGAGCUGUCGAAAUUCAUGGUUAGAAAUUUAAGAAAGUAAAAAAGCUUUAAAAGGUCAGAUUUUCGCGUAAACAACUUCCCUGGUUGUUAUUUUUAAAAAUCACUCGCUGGUUCCCUGUGCUCUGCAGUCUCAUUAAGAAAGAAAAAUGGCGGAUGUGAAGAGGACUGUGUAAUGUUAAUAUCGACCACUCCUUGGUAGCGCGACUAAUUAAAGUCUACUUUUAGUAGGACGGAUGAUAUGAAAAUUGUGAAUUCUUCCAAGAAAAGAUGAAAAAGCAACUCUACAGGGUUAAGCAAUUGGCUGAUCAGAAAGUCGGGCGGGCAGAAAAAACUGAGCUACUUUCAGAAGACUUGCAACAUGUUGAAAAGACGGUAGAAAAGAUCAAAGCUGCAUGUCAGAACACGACCAAAAAACUUGUGCCAUGCGUGCAAAGCAGUGGUACGGAUUUAGAAAAGAGAAAGAAGAAGUUAAGUCAAAUGACCUUGGGUCAAUCGAUGAUUGAAAGUGCCAACCUACUGGGAGUCAAUUCUUUACUAGGAUUGGUUCUCCUACGUUGCGGUGAGGCUCAGUGCGCACUGGCUGGAGAAUUGGCCAAUUGUGAUAUGGAUAUUGACGAGAAUGUCCUCAGCCCUUUUUCCAAGAUUUUAGACAUAGACUUACAAAAUAUACAAGCCGCAAAGAAGAAACUAUCCAAAGCAAGACUUGAUAUGGAUUCACUAAGAACCAGGUGGCUGAACGCAGUCAAAACCUCGCAUGGAGCACGAGGUGAUAUGGUUGCUGCAGCAAACAAAGCCGAAACACUUAAGGAGGAACUUGAUAACGAGACUGCUUUGUUUCAAACUUCCCAGGACACUUUGGCUACAGAAAUGUUGUCAUUCGUUGCGAAGGAGCAUGAUCUUUCCGACUGGGUAACGAAACUCUUGGAAGCACAAGAACGAUACCAUUACGAGUCACUACGAAUUAUUCAAAAGAUUUUGCCAACCCUAAAAACACAAGUGGAUGAAUCGAUGUUUAGGCCAGUGUUUUGCUGUUCCCUGGAAGACCAUCUCAGAGUUAACGACAGGGAAAUAGCAUUUGUUUUGGAAGAGUGUGUUCUAUACUUGCUGGAAAAUGCAAUUGAUGUAGAGGGUAUUUUCAGAAUAGCGGGUAGUGCUGCAAAGAUAAAGAAGCUACGAGCUGCUUUUGAUGCAGGCAUUGUUGACUUGAAUGAAUUUGAGAACGAGGUGCAUGCAGUUACAGGUGUAAUGAAACAGUAUCUGAGAGAGCUUCCAGAACCACUGCUUACAUUUGAACUGUACGAAGACUGGAUCAAAGCUGCAAGCAUUCCAGAACGCGAUGCAAGACUUCAAGCUUUGUGGACAGUCUGUGACAGGCUACCGCAUGCGAAUAAAGCAAAUUUAAAGUAUCUAGUCUGUUUUUUGGCAAAGAUCGCUGAAAAUUCAGAUGUCAACAAAAUGACCAGCAGUAAUAUAGCGAUCGUGAUUGCCCCGAAUAUCAUAUGGGAUAAAGCAGAUGAUUCAGGGUUGAAUGUCUUUCAAACGGGCAAUUCAACGUCAAUAUUAGAUUCGUUGAUUCAACAUGCAGAUUGGUUCUUUCCUGAAGGGGCAGUCUUCAAAAGACGAGAAUCAGAUAUGAGCCCGCCACCAACUGCAACUCACGAGGAAUCCACAGAGCCCUCCUUCUCAGGGGGCCUUUUAAGCGAAGUUUCGCAGCUUCUGGAUUUACCUCCCUCUUCAACAGCUGGGUUGAUGCCAAAUACACCACCCGAUGCCUCACCGAAGCACCAUGAUCCAGAAGGAAAGAUCAACGGGCCACCCAUGCCUAGUCGUCCACCCCCUUCAUUACCCCCACGGGGUGAAGCUCCACCGUCUAGUAAACCAUACGCAGGACAUAAAACAGGAACGAGCACCCCUUUCCCCAAUUCACCCCCGCCUGCUGUUCCGAAAUCCAGACCAAAAAUAUCGUAGAACUGUUUAUUUUUAGAGUUGUUUUAUAAGUUAGAAUGAGGAUUUUGAUGUUAGUGUUAUUUUUGUAAAACAAGACCUAAAUAUAUCAAUCCAAAUACACGAAAUAUGAUUUAAAAGAGGCAGUUCAUACUGGUGUAAUCUUGAGCCUCUUGAUUUCAUAAAUUUAUGUUGAGAAUACACUGGAACAAAGAGACAGCCUAUAGGCAUAUACUUUUAAGAGAGAUUCCCUCCUUUUCAACAAGGCUUAGCUCUCAGGAGAUUAGAGUUAUGAUCCCAGGUAUCCGGAUUCAUGUACGUACUACCCGAUACUCUUAUAUUGCUUAUCUUUUCCAAGUCUCUUUCCCAAAUUCACGAUCUCUGUCUCACAACUCAUCCUUCCUUCCCCAGAUCUUGUAAACUUUGGAACCCUCUACCCUUCCUGCUUCCCUGCUACCUGUCUUGAUUCAAAACUAAAAUUAACAAGCUUGACCUUUCCUUCCUCUCUUCCCAAUACUUCCUUCCUUUCCUUGCCAGGGCUUUGCUAUAGGCCCCCGAGCCUUUCCCUAACAUCACUUAAUUAAAAGAUUCCUGUUAUCAAGUCAUAUCAUUCGUGCUAUAUCUAUAAAGAUAAGAUAUUAUUAGCCGAAUGAAAAGCAUUCAGCGACUGAAGCCGAAUCAUAUCACCGAAUCGUGAAUCGCGUCAUCGACAAGUAAGUAGGUUAUUGAUUUACCCUUUGAUUAUUUUCGUCUGGCAUACUUGGCUCUUUAUUUUGAAUCAGAAGAGCCAUGAUAAGACUUUUUUGUAUGGAAACCAAUCUCGGGGCUGUCAGAGACAGAAUGUAAUCACCUGAUUCUUAAAACGAAUCGUCUAGUACAUUGAUCAAACUGUAAUAACAAUCGAAAAUAAAAUU